GGCAGCGCCCGUGCCGCCAGGGACCCGCGGCGGCGCCCGGCGCAGCGCGGUGGCCCCGGUGGCCCCGGCCCUAUGGGCGGGCGGGCCGGCAGUGGCGCAGAGAGGCUGCUCCCGCUGGCGCCCGCCCUCCCGGCGGCAGAACAGGGCCCGGCACCGGCGCGGCGGCGGCCGGCGAUGCGGUCGCCCAGCUGAAGGCGCGGCACGGUCCGCUGCUCGUCCGUGCGGCUUGCCCGUCGCCGGGCCAUGUCCGUCCGCGGCGGCAACGCCCUGACGCCUUUUUCCAUCCAAGCCAUCCUCAACAAGAAGGAGGAGCGCGCCCGCCACGCGGCGGGGCGGCCGCCGCUCCCGGGGGCGGCCGGCGGCUGGCGGCUGUGCGGCGCCGCCGAGGACCCGCCGCUCCCCGCGCCCGCCGCCCGCGCCCCGGCCCCGCGGACGCCGGCGGGCUGGGACUCGGAUUCCGCGCUCAGCGAGGACCCCGAGGGCGAGCGGCGCUCCGAGGAGGAGGGCGCCGGUGGCAGCGCCCGCCUCGCCGAAGCCACGGGCGGGGGGCGGCCGGCGGAGGAGGAGGCGCAGCCCCCGGAGGCGGCGGAGCGGGACACCACCGGCCUCAGCGACAGCGAGAUGUCGGCCGCCGUCUCAGAUCGCAGCCCUCCGGAGGAAGAGGACGGAGCGGGCAAGUGCGGGAAUCUGCUGCCGGGGGAGGAGGAGGCGGCGGCGGCUCCGAAACCGCGGAAGAAGCGCUCUCGCGCAGCCUUCUCCCACGCGCAGGUCUUCGAGCUGGAGCGGCGCUUCAACCACCAGCGCUACUUGUCGGGGCCCGAGCGGGCCGACCUGGCCGCCUCGCUGAAGCUCACCGAGACGCAGGUGAAGAUCUGGUUUCAGAACCGGCGCUACAAGACCAAGCGGCGGCAGAUGGCCGCCGACCUCCUGGCCGCCGCCCCCGCCGCCAAGAAGGUGGCCGUCAAGGUGCUGGUGCGCGACGACCAGAGACAGUACCACCCUGGCGAGGUGCUGCGGCCGCCCUCGCUGCUCUCUCUCCAGCCAUCCUACUACUACCCCUACUACUGCCUUCCCGGGUGGGCUCUGUCCACCUGCGCCGCAGCUGCCGGCACCCAGUGAGAGGCACACAUACACAGCCCCCCGGCCCCGGCACCCCCGCCAUACACACUGGCAGCCAGGAAACCCAUCUUCCCUCUGCCACCCCCCCAUCCAUCAAUCCAUCCGUUCAGCUUCUCAAGUCCAGAGCCCCAGCUGCAGCUCUCAGUGCCUCGGACAGUAUUUAUUAUUAUUUUAUUGUUAUUUUUAUUAUUAAUAUUUUUGGAUGGUUCCUCACCCUCUCCUCUUUCAACAUAGGACUUCUUGGCUACCCCCACCCUGACCCUCACCCUGUCCCCAUCCCGCCAGCCGAGGACUCUCGUGAUUCGGCACAACUCGUUCAUGGUAUCCAUGUUGUCAGUGUAUUUGGUGUAGACUUUUUGUUUGUUUGUUUUAUUUUGCUUCGGAUGGGUAGAGACUCGAUCUUGUGUGGAGAAAAAGAGAGAGAAAACAAAGGAGAGGAAAAAAAAGUACAACCCGUAAAACCAAAUGCAAGUCAAAAGAGGAGAUCAAGGACUCCCUCAGCGGAUUGUAAGGAAGAUUAUUUUUGUCGUCUGAGUCCUUGGUCUUCCAACUUGUUGCAAACUGAGUGUGCCUUGUAUGGUGCUGAAUGUAUGGAAGCCUCUUUCAGGUCCCCCUGCUCUUGUUGCUCAUGUUAUUCCUGUACUCCAUGAUCCCUGGCAAAGGAUAAAUAUGUCACAAAAGGGUGAGACUUAUAUCGAAACUCUGACUUCUUUUCCUUUUUUUCCUGAGAUCUUUCCGUGUUCGGGGAGGGAGGAGUUAUGGAUUUUUCGCACUUUCCAGAUGUAUUAAAGUUGUUGUUGUUAUUUUUAUAUUCAAUGUGAAUAUUUCUAGUCAGGCUUUUUAAGAAAUCGAUGUAACAGGAAACUUUAAUACCAUCAGUGCCUUUUACAAUUCUUCUGCAGAGCUCUCCUCCAGGGGUGGGGGUUUCUGAUCUGCUCAGCAAUGUAAUUACAGUCUCUUUCUUCCAAGGUAACUCGUUGCUUUUUUUUCCCCUUCUUUUUUUUUCCCCCUCCAUUUCCCUUUUAAUGGCACUGUGCACUCAACUAGAUUAUUUACUUCAAAUGAAUUGUGAAUGUUUGUAAGCUACCCGCUGUACUUGUUUUGUUGUUUGGUUUUUUUUUGUUUUUUUUUUUUUUUAAUUUAUAAACUUAGUUCAACACUUACCUCUGCUGUUUCUGUCGUUCCUGAGAGCGGACACGGAUUUCCCCAGUGAUAUUUUUUCCCUGCAGCAGACCUCAGGCCGUAGCUCAGACCACAUCCCUCCUUUUCCCACUUGCACGGUGAUGAUCCUAGGGCCUGGCAGGGAU